AUGUCAGAGAACGCUGGAAACCAUGAUGGACACACGAGGAGUGAGUAAGUUUUCUUAAUCUUACGAGUAAAAUGUUCAUAUUUCAAAAUAUCUAACGUCGUAAAUCGACCAUACUUCUUUCCCCAAUUCCAUUCCUAAUAACGUAUCACAAUUCUCAUCGGCUUCUUGCGUAACUGAACACCGCACCAUACAACGCGUGACGCUUUCAUGAAUCAAUCUUCUACUUUCUGUCUAAACGUGAGCUUGUGAUGCCUGUGCUCAAAAGAAUUACAGACAGAGUACAAAAAUUAUGAUAUAGACCGCUUAGCUUUGUUUGAAUGGGAGGUUGUCGACGUGGCUCUCUUUUCCAAAGUGCUUGCCACUAUUGCCUGCUUAUGAAAUGAGCGCUACUUCGACAGCUUAAAAGUGCAACAAGUUGACAGAUAUUAGAAGCUUAGAUAGGUAUGAAUGUUUUCCGUGGUAAGACGAUGAAAAACGCUAACAGAACGUCCUUAAUUAAACAAGUGAAGUUAAUUAUAAUUUGUGUAGAAUAUAUGCUUAGUAGUAGUGACCACGUCAAAGGUUCGGAGACCAAAUGGCAAUAUCGAAAAACCCAUAUUUAUUAGGAAAUGUAAGAAAAGGAAAGGAGGCACUUGACACAUUGGACCUGCAAAUGAUAAAACUUGAAGAAAUUUUGUCAUCGGGAGGGUAUAUCGUGUCCUUCUGCAGGCCAUUUACCUUAUUCAAGUUUAUAGCGGUCUUUCUACCCUAAAAGCAGAUUCACCCGAGCCAACCCGCCUGGCACAAAGUUCUUCACAAGCCGAACAAUUUCGUAUUCUUAUGAUACGUUCUGUUGAAAUUUCUUUUUCACUUAGUGCGGAAGGUCAUUAUCAACAUGGACAAUUAACUUUUGUGCACGAUGCAUGUUACGAUGUAUCACCUCAAGAUUAGUUGAAUUGAACUCAAGUUUGCAGCUUGGAUAUUGUUUGUCACUGUUGACGAUUUUACAAGGGUACAGCCGCGAAUUGAAGGUCCCUGCAAAUGAUCUGUGAGGUUAUGAUAAAAAGCUGCUGAAGCGAAUCGAUAAAAAUAACGUAAGGAAAUGACUUUUUGGGGGGGAAGACGUUCUGAUAUUACCUUUAGGCCAUAGUUUUGUGUGAAAAAAGCAAAAUUGUUAACUUAUAUUAUUCUUUUUUUCUUCUUCUUCUUAUUUUUCUUCUUCUUCUUAACUAUUGGAGCGUAUGAAUUUAGGUAAUACUUAUUUUUAGCUUAAAAUAGUCCAGCCUGCAGCUCACUUGAAACAUCAAACUACCAAAUUGUCAGCGUUUCAUGAUAAUGGAUAACUUUUCGCUUCGAGAAGCGUCGACGUGUUUAGUACUGUUAACUCUUACCGGCGCUUUAUGGAAUCGUCCAUUCGUGAGAGGUGAAAAAUGCAGUCCCAAUAUACAAGGUAAGUAAUUUUAAUUACUUUUAAGCGUCGUGGUUAAAGACCAUGUAAAUAUGAGCAGAUUUUUCUUGUAUGUAUUUAAACAUUUAUGUAUGUAUGUAUUUAUUUAUGUAUGAACGUGACUGUGUAUGUAUGUAGAAAUCUAUCUAUUUUAUCUAACUAUCUAUUUACGUGUUUAUGCAUUAAUUUCCCCUGAAGAGUAAUCUAAUCACGAAACUGGCUUGUCCAGAUAAAGCAUAGUCCCUUUGUUUUUUCCAUAACAGCGUUUUUCAAAUCGGCUGUUUAUAUGAAUAGGGAUAAUCGUUUUAAUUUUAUCCCUCUCGCAGAGAAACCCGUGGUCGAAAUAUCUUCAAGUCCAGAAAACAACAGUUUCCCCAUUGGUGCCUCCAUAAACCUGACUUGCAAGGCAGAGCUAAGAGCGGAAGAUGAAUCACAUUUGGAUAGAUGGGUCAACUACAUCCGGUGGUACGAUCCACAGGGUAAUGAAAUUGGAGCUAAGUGCCAGCAACCUGAUCGAGAAAAGCGUGUCAAAAAAUACAGCUGCCAAUCACUGCUUAAAAAACUGACAGUUGACAAAUUUGCCAACUACAUUUGCAAAUCAGGCAAUGAUUACCCAAAUCACUGCACAAGGAAAUCAUUUAAUGUAAGGAUCCAAGGUAAGCAAAUCAGGCCGCAUCGCGCAUAA